CUGAGCGAGAGACGCAGAACGUCAGUUUGUUGCACUGCCGCCUCCCGUUUCACCAGCCGAAAUCCCAACCGCUAAUCCCCCGAUCCGCAACAGAACCGCUUUCCUUGCCGGUAGCCACUCUCCGUUCCACUCGUGUCGGUCAGAACUAAUUAAUCCAUCAUGGAGGAAAAUGAAAUUGAACGGACUCCAUCUGGCAAAAAGUUACAAGGCAGGACCCUUGUUAUGACAAUCUGUGCCGCAGGUAUUGGGGGGACCUUCCAGUACGGCUACAGCAUUUCCGUCAUCAAUGCACCGACUAUGUACAUUCAGACAUUUAUCAAUGAAACGUGGCUGGAGCGCACAGGCACGCCUCUGGAGAGUCACCUGAUCACCCUGCUUUGGUCCAUCAUCGUGUCAGUGUACCCGCUGGGGGGCCUGAUCGGCGCCUUGAUCGCAGGACCGUUGGCAGUCCAAUUCGGAAGAAAGACAUCGCUGUUACUGAACAACCUGUUUGUCAUUCUCUCUGCGGUGUUGGUGUUGGCAAGCAGAGCUUGCCGCUCAUUUGAAAUGAUUAUACUGUCGCGAGUAUUUGCUGGAGUCAAUGCUGGUCUCAGCAUGAAUGUCCAGCCCAUGUACCUGGGAGAAAGCGCUCCGAAAAAACUGCGAGGAGCCGUUUCCAUGAGCUCUGCAUCCUUCACAGCUUUGGGGAUCGUUCUGGGACAGGUCAUCGGUCUCAGGGAGAUCCUAGGAAGUGAAUGGUGCUGGCCACUCCUGCUGGCUAGCAAUGCCAUCCCUGGCCUGGUCCAGCUGGUCACCCUGCCCUGGCUCCCAGAGAGCCCACGGUACCUCCUCAUUGACAAGAACAACAAGGAAGCCUGUCUGAAGGCGCUGAGGAGGCUGCGAGGCAGUCUGGACCUGAGCGCUGAGAUGGAUGAGAUGCUGGAGGAGCAGGCUGCUGUAAAAGGGGAGAGAUCCAAGAGGCCAUGGGAGCUGUUUCAGGACCGGUCUGUACGAUGGCAGCUGAUCACAGUGGUGGUGCUUAGCAGCGCCAUGCAGCUCUGUGGGAAUGAUUCUAUGUACUUCUAUGCAUCCUACGUGUUUCAGGAAGCAGGAAUUCCUUAUGAUAAAAUUCAGUACGUUGUCAUUGGUACAGGGAGCUGUGAGCUCAUAACAUCUAUAACAUGUUCCCUGUUUAUUGAGAGGCUGGGCAGGAGAAUCCUCAUCCUGGGCGGCUACAUGCUGAUGGCACUGUGGGCUGUUGUCUUCAUGGUGGCUCUCUCACUCCAGGAGAAGAUCAGUUGGAUGCCUUACAUGAGCAUGGGGUGUAUGUUUGCCUAUAUCCUCAGUUUUGGAAUUGGACCAGCCGGAGUUACUGGAAUUUUACCCACUGAGAUCUUCGACCAGAACAGCCGUCCUGCUGCGUACAUGAUCAGCGGCUCUCUCAUGUGGUCCAUGCUGUUUCUUGUUGGGAUGCUCUUCCCUUUUAUUGUGGGCGGACUGGGCGUGUUCUGUUACGUGCCAUUCUGCACGGUCUGCGUUCUGUCCUCCGUCUUCAUCGCGUUCUUCCUGCCCGAGACCAAGGGCAAGUCUUUACUGGAAAUCAGUGCAGAGUUCGACAAGCGCAACUCCAAAGGAAUGGAGCCGCGGAAGGCCCAGUAUCAGCUGGGCGAAGUCUCCAGAUCCACUGCGCUCUGUGUUGAACCCCUUGAAUCAGAAGGAAAUCAGGGCCACGCUGCUGGACUGGCACCUUGAGUGCCAGAGCAUCAGCUGAAGAUCAUUUCUUUUAUGGCAGCAGCAUUGAUGUCAUGUACACCACAAAGUAAAUGGUUGGAUAUUUACCUCGUUCCUGGUUCUUAGCAGUGAACUAUCUGAUCACAUGAAACAUUUGCACUAGAGACUGUUUAAGUGUUAUUAGAUUUUAUAUUCUUUGAACAAUAUUCAUGGUGUUUGCUGAAUAUAUUGUUGACCCCUUGUUAGAAUGGAAUGCCUGCAUAUGUGAUCAAUGCAAUAUAAGAAGCCACCAAGAAUGGUUAUUAUUCUAUGAAUCCGCUGGCAGCUGUUUCUCUGGAGGUUCAUUAUAACAAACUGUAAAGAUGAGAUAUGAUGGGCAGAGGAACUCUGCCUAAACGUGUCUGCACAGUUUUUACUCUAAAAUGUAACUAUCACUGACACUGUUAUCUGCUCCGUUACUGAAUCGUAUUUUGUCAUAUACUUGCUAGAACCGAAGUCAUUGUAUUUAUCUUGCUCUUAAUUGUAUUGAUACUUGUACUGUGAUUCUUGAAAUGUAUUUUUGUUUACGACUGUAAGUGGCCCUGGACAAGGGCGUCUGCUAAGAAAUAAAAUAAUAAUAAUAAUAAUAAUAAUAAUAAUAAUAAUAAACUGCCCCUUAUUUAGCUAUUGUACAUUAUAAGAAAUAUACAGCAGUUGUAUUUUUGUUAGUUGUUGUUUCUGCACUUCAAAUGCUUGAUAAUGUAACCAACAUAUGAUUGAAAAUAAAAACUG